UGGUGCCCCGCUUCCUGCGGUGACCCUGUGGGGUGCCCCAUCCCUCUGCUUGCUCCUCGGCCCCCAGCAGCACCCCCGAAGCACCUCUCACUAACGGCAUCACGCAGUUCGUUAGGCAAAAAUGAGGUGUGGGCGAAACCUCUGGCUGGGAAAGCCCUGAGGCGAGGGGCUGUGCUGGGCAGAGCCCCCCCCGGAUGGGCUAUAAACACCCAGCACGUGGGGGCUGCAGCACCCCAGCAGCUACAGCACCCCGGCGACCACAGCACCGACCCCGGAGGCUGGCGAUGGUGUGUCCCCUGGAGCAGGCGCUGGCCGUGAUGGUCACCACCUUCCACAAGUACUCAGGGAAGGAGGGUGACAAGUACAAGCUGAGCAAGGCCGAGCUGAAGGAGCUGCUCACCAAGGAGCUGCCCAGCUUCGGAAGCAAGCAAAUGGACGAGGGGGAGUUCAGGAGGCUCGUCAACGACCUGGACCACGACAAGGACAGCGAGGUGGACUUCAAGGAGUUCGCCUGCUUCCUGGCCUGCGUGGCCAUGGGCUUCAACGAGUUCUUCAAGGAGGCCAAGCAGCCCCGCAAGAAGUGACCCCGGUGCCGCCGGCGGCGGUUUUUCAAUAAAAGCCUUC